AUGGAGAAAGGUUCUACUGCUAUGGCUACUUGGAACCCUAUAGCUUCUAUUUUUGAGGACAAUCAGAACUCCCGUGUUGUCGCCCUCGACCAGGAUUUUAUCUCCACUCGCAUGGAGAAUUUUCCAAAUGUUUCGGCCUAUUGUCAGCGUCUGAAACAUAUCUCUGAUCAGUUGAGGAAUGUUGGUGCCCCAGUCAGUGAUCAUCGUCUUGUUCUCCAGUUAGUCUCUGGUCUCACUGAGCCUUUCCGUGGUGUUGCCACCCUGAUCCGUCAGAGCGAGCCUUUGCCUCCAUUCCUCAAGGUCCGCUCCAUGCUGAUUCUAGAGGAAUCCGGUCUCGCAAAGAUGUCUGGUCCUGCCUCUCAGACUGCUUUGCACACCUCUGCUUCCCCUCCACGGGCCUCCGAUAACUCUUCUCAGCAGCGCACCACCAACCGCAACACUCAGGGACACUCCAACUACCGUUCUGGGUUAGGGCAAAAUCGUAACUAUCCGGGUAAUUCUGGUAAACCUAAAAAGAAAGGUGGCUCUCGCUAUACUGGUUCAUCUGGCUCCUCUGGUUCCCUACUGCAGCUCAUCCACCAUGGCGCCCGCCUCAGUCGGCAUCAUGGAAUCCUUGGGGUUGGGCUCCUCCCCCUGGUUGGGCUCCUUCCCCUUGGGGCAUGCCUCCUUGUCCUUACCCCACAUCUCAGUGGUCGCGUCCCAUGGGUUCUCCGCAGCAACCCAGCGUUCUAG